AUGAUGCUGAAGGGUCUUCUUAAGAGAUGUGACACGAACAAUGAUGGCAAGCUGAGUAGGCAAGAGCUGAAGGGAGCUUUCCGUGGUCUCGGCUUGAAAUUCAGUGGCUGGAGAGCUCGAUGUGCCCUUCGCCACGCAGAUGCCAAUGGUGAUGGAGUCAUUAGCGAAGACGAGAUGAACGAGCUUGUCAAAUAUGCUUCAAGGUGGGGGUUUAGAGUUAGUUAA